GCGUAGAUACAUACGAGUAUAAUACUAUAUCCAGAGAAAUCUCUGCUUAAAACCAUCAACAGCAGAAGCAGCAGGAGCAGCAGCAACAGCAACAGCAGCAGCAUAGUCCCCAAACGUGGGACGGUGGUAUCUUCUGCUGUGUAAUAAUAUGGCAUUCCAGAACAUCCUUGUUAACUUAACUAGAGAGUGGUUUAACUAAAAUGAGGAGCGGGUACAAAAUAUAGCUUAGCUGCUUUUAAAGGAAAUAAGUUUAUAUAUUUUUCAAUUUGUUAAUUUGUGAAAUAAACCUCAUUUGUGGCUGAUGACAAAACAAAAACAACAAAAAUUAAUUUAAAACAAAAAAGUUAAGAGAAUCCAAGAACUAUACCUACAAUUAAUUUUAAAAAUAGUGAGAGUGAGUGUAAACUAAAUUAAAAGUGUAACCACCGAUUAAGUACCCACAACCAACAACAAAUCAAUUUUCUCGCAAUUUAACUUUUAUCACCAUCACUGUAAUUGAAUUUCGCGCUUACCUGCUUUACGGCUGCUUUAAUGGUUAACACGCUCCUCCUCUGUCGACUAGGAUGAGUAUGUGGAAUAAGUCAGAACGUGUGUUAUUGUUUUUCGCGGGGUAAAAUAUCUAUUUUUGGGACAUUUAUAAUUUCAAAAUAAAUAUUAAAUAUUAAAAAGAAAAUCUAACAAAAACAGGAAUUAGGAUACAAACGAGCAAAGUACAAUCAUAAGGACAAUCGAUUUGAUCAUUACAAAAAAGAAGGAAGACAAAAAUAAACACAACAAAAUGCGACGAGCUUCAUUUACUCCAGUUUUUAACAUAAGCGCACAAGAGCCACUUAUUGUGGUGGAAGAGACAAAUGUGGCUGACGAUGAUGAGGCCGAUUCAGCAGAACAAAGAAAAAAAUCGACCAGCGAUGAUAAUAAUUCAGAUUCUGAUUCACCGGUCAAUCCGUUCCUUUUGUGUCCAUUUCCGGACAUGCAACAAAGGCGAAAACACUCGUUGCCGUCCUUACAAAUAACAGAAGGUAUAACGGCUAGUCAGGUGCGUCGUUUAUCUGAAGCUGGGGGCGAAUGCAAUACUCUAAGUUGCAAGGAUGUCGAAUUUUUAGCAACAUUGUCACAAAAACAGAAUCCGGCUGCUGGCGGUCGUAGACAUUCGGUUGUGACAAUUUCAGCUUGUGCCCCCUUAUUUGGAAGAAACAGAAGGGAAUCUAUAUCUGGUGUACCGAUCUCAUUAAGUCGACGUGGAAGUGGAUUCCAGGGCCCUCCUUUGACAGACCAUCGUGGUAGUAUACAUAAUCUACAGCUGGAUAUAAUGGAUGGCAUUGUACAGGCCCGUAAGACUCGCUCUGGUAGCGGAGUAUGGGCAGCAGUGCCUGAGGCCGAAAGCAAUGUUCCGGUCGAGACGACAUAAGAAUUAACCUGAGUCGAAUAAAACCACCAAAAACUGAAACUAAAUUAACACAAAAUAAAAAUAUUUGCAUCAAACAAUCGUUCGGAAUUUAGCGGAUAAGUACUGAAAGGAUUUAAAAACGGAUUAAAAAUUGUGACGGAAAAUUUUUGAACAUUAUACAUUUUUAUAUAUAAACAAAAAUAUAUAUAUUUAAGUGUUUAAGGUUAACAGAAUAUAAUUACUUAAAUCAGGAAUUGAUAAAUCAUUUAAAUAACAUUAUAUUAAUAAUUUAAAAUAAUAAUAAAAUAUUGACGUCAUUUUUUUAUUGAUAAUAAAAAUAUUACUCAAAACAUUGUAACUACAUUGACUUGAUAUAAAACAAUAAUAUAAUAUAAAACAAAAAAAAAUACUAUUUUGAUCAACUGAAUCUGAGCAAUAAUAAAUGUUUUCAACAAUGUAUUGAAAUCCUUCAAAAAAAAAAAUAAAAACAAACAUUCAUAAAAAGAUAUUAUACAUACAUAAAUAGUUCAAAAAUGAAAUAAAUCAUAUACCAACAAUAGAUAAAAGUUCCUUCUGCCGGAAUAGGUAUAUCAUUAACAUCAUGCUAUGUAAUAAUGGAAUUUUACUCAUUAAAUUUGUCAAAUAAAGUAAAAUUAAUUUGUGUAUGCAUUUAAAAAAUAAAAACAUAGUUUUGUGUAUAGUUUUAAACUAUUCCGAAUGAAAAUUUUCUUCAAUUUCAACAGAAACAAAAACAGUAUACAAACAAAAAAAAAUUUAAAUAAAUAAACUAUAAAUGUUGUUAUCAAAAAUAUAAUUGUCCGAACUAUACAUGGAACUCAAUAUAUUGUUGUUUAGUUUUGUUUUUUCUUCUCAAUUUUAAAUAUUUAAAUAUAUUUUUAUCAUUUUCAUUCGCCUUUUUAUAAUUAGAAUCUUUUUUAAAAAAAAUACCUGCAUAAACCUACCUUUGUACAACCUUAAUAAAUUGUUCAAAUAUUAAAAAAACAAUAUUUUUGUUAUUUAUUAUACAUACAUAAUAUUAUAUCUACAUACAUUAAAUUUAAUUAAAUUAAAUACACCAAUGGAUUUUGAAUAAAAGCAAUUAAUGAUUAUAUUGAAAAAUAUAUGAUGAAUGUUUAACAAAAAAACAUAAAAAUAAGAAUAAUAAUUGUAUGUGUUUCUUUUAUUCAUAAGUAGAUUAUAUUUAGAUCAAAAAUUGUCAUACAAAUAAUAAUAAUAACAAAUAAAGGAUUUAACAUUGCAUUCUAGUUGAAAGAUAAUACAUUUUUUGUAGUUCUUAACGUGUUAUACAUUUAAAACAAAAAUAGAAUCAUUAUAAAGAAACAGAAAGGAAACGAUUUAUUAAAUGUCAUUCAAGGAAAAGAAAAACAAAAUAUAAAGAAAAAUAAAAAUAAAAAUAAAAAUUUCAACGGGAUA